AUGAAUAACUCCCGGCGCUCGCCGCAGGCCCCGGGACGCCGGGACUCGGCCUCGUAUGGACCGGGGGAUCGAGCUGGAUGCUCCGCUUCCGGGCCACUGGCGCGGUUAUCAAGAGGUGAUGCACAGAGCCAACUAGCACCAAAACGAGGGAAAAUUCUCAGCGGUGGAUCACUCGGCUCGUGCGCCGAUGAAGAACGCAGCCAGCUGCGAGAGUCAAACAAGAAAGACACGGGCGGCCUCGAGGGAGCGCGCCGGAAGGAAGCCAGGCAGGCCGGCAUGGCAGGCAAAGAGAGAAAAAGGGGAGGCCAGGCCCCGCCUGCGGGGACCAAGUGCCGCCGGCCCCGUUGCCAAUCUCCGAGUGGACCACCAGAGAGGGAGCAGGCGCCCAGCGCCGAGAGAGAGAAGAGAGCCCGCGCGGACAGGCCGCGGAGGGGGGCCCCCCUUCCUGCCGUCGGGACAGAGAGCGAGUGGGACCGCCGCCGGGGUGGUACGCCCCAACGAGUAGGAGGGCUGCCGCGGUGCGCGUCGAAGCCUCGGCCGCUAGGCCGCGUGGAGCCGCUGCGGGUGCAGAUCUUGGUGGUGGUAGCAAAUAUUCGAGUGAGAUCCUCGAGGGCCGAGUGGCGGAGAAGGCCUCCAUGUGAACAGCAGUACGUGGGCGAACUCAGCGAGGACGGAAACCUCGUACAGAGCCAAAGGGCCGGCAGGCGGCCUUCGGGAGGGCCGGACCCAGAGGAGGGGGAGACCGGGGAGGACCGGCGGCGGAGGAGGAGCGGGUGCAGCCGGAGGAGGGCCCGCCAGGACUUACGGCGGAGUGAACUGCCGCUCGCCCGGCGGCCCUCGGGAGGAGCAGACCAUCAGGACCGGCGACGGAAGGGCCCCGUCGCACGGAGGGCCGGAGGUGGUGCCGGACCUGCGGCAGAGGAGGAGCGGGCGCAGCCAGAGGAGGGCCCACCGGGGCUGACGGCGGAGUGA